UAUCAAGAGAGCAUGGCUCACCUGGGUGAACGUAAAUGGACUCACGUGUUCCCUUUCCUGAUGGUCUCCCUGGUGUACUCCGCCAGUGCCGAAUACUCCAACUGCGGUGAGAAUGAGUACUACAACCAGACCACUGGCAUGUGCCAUGACUGCCCCAAGUGCGAGCCGGGUGAAGAACCUUACAUGACAUGUGGAUAUGGCACCAAAGAUGAGGACUAUGGCUGUAUCCCCUGCCCUUCAGAGAAGUUUUCCAAAGGAGGUUACCAGAUAUGCAGACGGCACAAGGACUGCGAGGGUUUUUUCCGAGCCACAGUCAUGACACCUGGAGAUCAGGAGAAUGACGCAGAGUGUGGUCCUUGUCUCCCAGGUUACUACAUGCUGGAAAACAGACCUCGGAACAUCUACGGGAUGGUUUGCUACUCAUGCUUGCUGGCACCUCCCAACACCAAGGAAUGUGCAGGCACUAACUCUGGCAUUUCAGCCAUUUUCCCAAGCACCUCUGGCACAAGCACUUUCUCACCUUACCAGCAUGCUCACAAAGCAGAUCUUUCAGGACAAGGACAUCUGGCUACAGCUCUUAUAAUUGCUAUGUCUACUAUCUUCAUAAUGGCUAUUGCCAUUGUCCUUAUCAUCAUGUUUUACAUUGUAAAAACAAAGCCAUCUGCUCAAGCCUGUUGCAAGAGCCACUCAGUAAAAAACGUCGAAGCUCAGGCUAACACACAAGAAGAGAAGAAAGAAGUGCAAGAUAAUGUUGUGAUAUUCUCUGAGAAAGAGGAGUUUGAAAAACUUACAGCAACUCCAGCUAAGGCUGUCAAGAGUGAAAACGAUGCAUCUUCUGAGAAUGAACGACUUUUAAGCCGGAGUAUGGAUAGUGAUGAAGAAGCUGCAGUUGACAAGCAAGGGACUCCAGAGAGAUGCUUAUUAUCUUUAGUGCAUUUGGCCAGAGAUAAAUCUUCAACAAGCAAUAAAUCAACUGGGAUUCAAAGUCGAAGGAAAAAGAUACUUGACGUGUAUGCUAAUGUAUGUGAUGUUGCGGAAGGCCUGAGCCCUACGGAGCUGCCAUUUGACUGCCUAGAGAAGACCAGCCGAAUGCUCAGCUCAACCUACAACACAGAGAAAGCCAUAGUGAAAACGUGGCGUCACCUUGCCGAGAGCUUUGGGCUGAAGAGGGAUGAGAUUGGCGGGAUGACAGAUGGCAUGCAGCUGUUUGACCGCAUCAGCACAGCAGGCUACAGCAUCCCAGAACUGCUCACCAAACUGGUGCAAAUCGAGCGAUUGGAUGCUGUCGAAUCCUUGUGUGCAGACAUUCUGGAGUGGGCACAAGCAAUGCCGGCUCCUGAACCAGCAGGGACAUCCUGACAUGCCUGCCUGGGGCCUGCACUUCCCCAUCAGAAGUGUGAUUCCAGUAAGCACUGCAUCAAAGACUUUGGACUAAAGACCAUUGAUGCUUCUUCUACAUAAUUGCUCACAAUAACCAAUGGGAAGCUCUUCUCUUUGACUUCUAGAAGUAAAGUAACACACGUACCAAAACCAGAGCAAAAAUUUCCCAAGAAGCUUGGCAUGAAACAUGUCAUUAAACAAAAUCAUCAUGUUAAAAAGUUGCUGAUAAUAAGCAGAGACACAAACAUCCAUUUUGUGGUCUGUGUAUGAUUAGAAGGGCAAAUAACUCUUCUGACACUGUUCCUGCCUGGCCUUCAGGAAAGGCAUUGAAUAGCUGUCUGAAAAUAUUUGUGUCUCUUAGGACUUGGUUCAGUGGUUUAACAGUUACA